CAGUUUGGUUUUUUGUUCGCGGUUGCAGUUCGUCGUCAUAUCGGAACACGGUGCGUCGCAGGAAAUCGUUUUCGGUUCCCGUGCGAGCAGCUGCACCCGAUUCUCCAGCGCGGUCGUAAGGUCACACCCGCCGGACGCCGGACGGAAAUGGAAAGCAACUCCACGUAAUCCGCGUCGCGAAACUAGGUCACUUCGACGAAACGGGAUUUGCGUGUCAUUUUGCAUAUCAUUUUUUUUUUUUUGCUCAACGCGCCAUGGCUCUGCUGCCGCCGGAUCCGGUUUACUGUCUGAAAUCGCCGGAUCUGAGUCCGUUUCAUUCGCUGUGCUUUCACACGUCCGAGCGGAUCUACGCCGGCACCGGCAAGGGAACCGUCCAGCUGUGGGAUUUGCACACAAACCGCUCCCCGUACCAACUCCCGGUCGGUCCCAGCCCGGUGAUUGCCCUGGACCACACCGAAGAUGUGGCCUUGCUAACUCAGGAAAAAAAUGACUGCGUGGUCAAGCUGUGGCAGCUGACCAACUCGGCGUACGUCGAGAGCCACCAGGUCAGCACGGACCACGUCGGCUUUUGCCGGUUCGUGUACAACCCGUCCGCCGUGGGUGGCCCAGCUGUGAUAGUUCCCCGCGGGGGAUCCAACAUUUCCAUCCUGUGCGGUCGCACCAUGGCCGAGCGGCAGCUGCUGGCCGUCGAAGAUGGCGCCGGGCUGCCACCGCUCGGAACCGUAAUGUGUUUCUUGCCCGUCCAACUCGGCGCCGCCGGAGUGACCUACCUGUUGGCCGGCUACGAGUCCGGCACGCUCGUACUGUGGGACCUGAACUGCUCCAAGGUGGUGAGCCACCUCAAACUUGCCACCGCCGACGACGAAUGCCUCAUGACGCUAGAUUACGACCCCGUGACGAACCGUGGCGUUGCCGGCGGAUCGUCCGACCGAAUCACGGUCUUCUCGCUGGACCGCGCGACGGGUGAAAUCCGCCGCAAGUCCGACAUCGGAAUCAAGAACGCGGGCGUGCACCGGGUGCGCAUCCGCAAGGACCUGAAGGUGUUUUCCAGCGCCGGCUGGGACGGCCGCAUUCGGAUCUUCUCGUGGAAGAGUCUGCGGCCGUUGGCGGUCCUCACGGAACACCGCGGCGGCGAGCUGCUCGACCUGGCGUACUCCGAGGAUAAGGUCUCGAUGUGGAAGGCCCCCAUCAUGGCGGCGGCCGGCUCCGACGGGCAGAUCUCGCUGUGGGAUUUGUACAACUGAGAGUGAGGUAAAUAAAACCGCGGACGAUUUUUUUCUUACAA